CUGCGCCAACCCCCCGGCUUCGCACUCUCGAGAUCCCCGCCAGCUCUUUUGGAACCAUUUCUUCUUCACCCCGGAACAUCACGCUCGUUUUGCGUUUCACUUUCCGGAAUCGCAUUGCUAACUUCCACUGGCUCAAGACCACCAAGAUUCCGAUUCUCUUUCGGCAUCUUUUCGACAUCCCCGCCAUUCCGCGUCAGGCCCCAGGUAAUCCCGGCAGCCUCGAAAGACACGACACCGGCACAACACACUACACUUUCCCCGAGUAAACAGACAAAAUGGUCAAAGAGACGGGAUAUUACGAUGUGCUUGGCGUCUCGCCAAAUGCCACAGAGCAGGAGUUGAAGAAGGCAUACAAGACGGGCGCACUCAAAUACCACCCUGACAAGAACCACAACAACCCCGCUGCCGAGCAGAAGUUCAAGGAGAUCUCGCACGCCUAUGAGAUCUUGUCCGAUUCCCAGAAGCGCCAGGUGUACGAUCAGUUUGGCGAAGCCGGUCUAGAAGGUGGCGCUGGCGGAGGUGGCGGCAUGGCCGCCGAGGACCUCUUCGCUCAAUUCUUCGGCGGUGGUGGCCUUGGCGGCGGCUUCGGAGGCAUGUUCGGCGGCGGGAUGAAUUCCCAGCGCGGCCCCUCCAAGGCCAAAACCAUUCACCACGUGCACAAUGUCUCGCUCGAAGACAUAUACCGCGGCAAGGUCUCUAAGCUGGCUCUUCAGCGUUCCAUCAUCUGCCCCAAGUGCGAGGGUCGCGGUGGCAAGGAGGGCGCUGUCCGGAAAUGCACAGGCUGUGAUGGCCACGGCAUGAAGACGAUGAUGCGGCAGAUGGGCCCCAUGAUUCAGCGCUUCCAGACGGUAUGCCCAGACUGCAGCGGCGAGGGCGAGAUUGUCAAGGACAAGGAUCGCUGCAAGGGGUGUUACGGCAAGAAGACGAUAGUUGACCGCAAGGUCCUCCACGUCCACGUCGACCGCGGUGUCCGCAGCGGGACCAAGGUCGAGUUCCGUGGCGAGGGUGACCAAGCCCCCGGCAUCCUCGCUGGCGAUGUCGUUUUCCAGAUCGAGCAAAAGCCUCACCCCCGUUUCACCCGUCGGGAAGACGACCUCGUCUACCAGGCAGAAAUCGACCUCGUUACGGCAUUAGCUGGCGGUACCAUCUACGUCGAGCAUCUCGAUGACAGAUGGCUGAGCGUCGACAUUCUCCCGGGCGAGGCGAUUGCCCCUGGCACCGUCAAGAUGGUUCGUGGCCAAGGCAUGCCAUCCCCCCGCCAUCACGACUUCGGCAACCUGUUCAUCCAGUUUGCGGUCAAAUUUCCCGAGAAGAACUGGACCCAGGAUCCCGCCGCCUUCGAGGCCCUCCGGAAGUUCUUACCUUCACCCGAGCUCGUCAACACUCCGCCCGCCGAGGCCAUGUCGGAGCCUGCCGAUCUUGAGGACGUUGACAGCUCUUCGAGAGGCUUCUCCGGCGCCAUGGAAGAGGAUGAUGAGCACGAGCAUCACGGGGGCGAGCGCGUCCAGUGCGCAUCCCAGUAAAGGAUAUAUAGGAUGAAAAAGGGGUGUGGGGGUGCUCACAA